AUGGGCGUGACCGCGGGGCCCCACAGGAGCCGCACCACCGCACUAGUGGCGGCCGACACCAGCGCCGCCGCCGCGACGCCGCCGCCGACGCCUCGGGCGUCUGCACAAACGGACGGCGCCGCGCCGCGUAUUGUCCGCUGCCAAGGAUUUAUGGCGGCGUCCUCACGUGUCCCUCGAGAGGGGACCGCUGCAUUCAGCCAGACACAGCUGCGGCCCGCGCAGAUUACAUUUAAUAGCCGCGCCCAUUCUGUGGCUGUGUCGGCCACCGCAGAGACAUCUCAGGCCGACAUGACGCCGUCGGGCGGUGUCCAUUCGUCAUAUACCGACGACAGGGUAUCUCAGCUAAAAAUGUCCUCAAAUCCUUACCACAACAACACGUACAUGAAAUUUUUCAAUGAGGUAUCAGCCACUGGAAUGGAAGAUACACCUGCCACACUGCCUGCAGCAAAAUAUGGAGAGCGUGAUAGAGAACGUGAUGCUAAACAAGCAGAGCGUGAUAGAGAACGUGAUGCUAAACAAGCAGAGCGCGAUAGAGAACGUGAUGCUGAACAAGCAGAGCGUGACCAGAGAUUGGUAGCUGAAUUUGCAUGUAUGCAAGCAGAACGCGAUAAGGAACGUGAUGCUAGACAAGCAGAGCGCGAUAAAGAACGUGAUGCUAAACAAGCAGAGCGUGAUAAAGAACGUGAUGUGGGCGACGAGGCAUUCCGCUUGCGAAAGCAUAUUCUCAAGACUUACACUCGCUCGUCUGCCCACCAAGAUAAAUCAAAAGCGACCUUCAACUAUAAACUGUCAUGA